AUGCUUGUCCGAACUCUCAGGAUCCCUCCAGCCUUCGUAUUUCUUCUCGUGUUCCUUGCGUUUCUCGGAUGGCAGCUUAGCCAAGGCCCGUCCCAUGAAGAGGGACCCGUAAGCACGGCGCCGGUCCCUGCUGAAGCUCCCGUCGAGCAGAAGAAGCCGCCUCGUGUGGCGCUUAUGACUUUUGUGACCGAAGAGCGCUCAUACCAUCAUCUCUCGCUCAAGAGCAAAGACCAUUACGCCCGUCGCCAUGGCUACGACUUCAUUGUUGACUACGAAUCGCACACCGACCGCGCCGUUAUCUUCUGGAAGUACAACAUGGCUGAGCGUCUCAUCAAGACUGGCAAAUACGAUUGGAUAUGGUGGCUUGAUUUCGACACUCUGAUCACCAACACGGAUAUCAAGCUCACCGAUAUCAUCGAAGAGGAACUCAAGAACGUCACAAACCCCGACGCCAUUGACUACCUUACUACCCACGAUUGCAAUGGCUAUAACUCCGGCUCCUUCCUCGUCCGUGGACAUGAGAGAUCGCUGAAGCUGAUCCACGACUCUUUCGCAAUCCACGACGAAGCUAAGGGAAGGGACAAGCAAAUGAGCGAACAAGACGCGACCGUGCAGCUGCUUAAAGACGACCAAGCUAUGGCUGAGACUGUGCACCGGGUGCCUCAGUGGAAGCUGAAUGCUUUCCCACAAGAAAUUGCAUGUUUUGACGAUUCGCAUCAAGUAUGGGUGCAUGGCACGUUUGUUAUACACUUUGCUGGAGCAUGGGCACAUGUGAAGGGCGAUGACCCUACAGGCCAGCUUAUGCAGAAGUACGAACGCGACAUCAUAUGGGGCGAUUGGAAGGAAUUCUACGACCAGUAA